UUUGGAUGCCUGAGCACAGGUUGCAGGUUCAGAACUGUGUUAGACUAAUGGCUUCCAUUCGUUGGGCGCUAUUGCUCUUUCUUGUACAACUCCCCACGCUAGCCACCUCCAGCACUCACGGUGAUCGUAACCUCACACCAUGGUGCCAUCCUGACCAGGCUGCAGCGCUUCUCCAACUGAAGCAGUCCUUCUUGUUUGCAGCAACUACGGCCACUCUCCUUCCGUCAUGGCAAAAUGGCACCGAUUGCUGUCUCUGGGAGGGCGUUCGCUGCGACGCUUCUUCUGGUUUUGUCACUGAACUCGAUCUCAAUGGGUAUGGCCUGUACAGUCGUCAUGGCUUGGACCCUGCACUUUUUAGCCUCAAAUCCCUUCGACGUCUCGACCUUAGCAUGAACUAUUUAGGGGAUUACAGCUGCAACAUCUGUGGGAAUCAGAAUUUCGAGAGCCUCACUUCCCUAACCCACCUCAACCUCUCCAAUUCGGGUUUGGUUGGCCAGAUACCUCUCGGCAUCAGUAAACUCGUUAACCUUGUCUCCCUGGAUCUUUCAAGUCAUGCAGUUUUUGGUGACGGUGGUGAUCUUACCUCUGUAGAUGGCAGUUCUAACUAUCUGCAGGAAGCAAAUUUUGAGUCACUAGUAGCAAACCUCAGCAAUCUAAGAGAGCUCUACCUUGACGAAUUGCAGAUAAUGUCUAGCAGCGGUGAAGAUUGGGGCAAAGCUCUUGCAAAAUCUGUUCCUCAUCUUCAGGUCCUUAGCUUGAGAAGAUGUGGGCUGAAUGGUCCUAUUCAUCAUUCCCUCGCAAGCCUCCGUUCUCUCGUUGCUAUCGACCUUGGAUCCAAUUACUUUCCUGGUCCAGUUCCAGAGUUCUUUGCGGAUUUUCUCAAUUUAAGUGUGCUUCAACUUUCAGAUAUGGAACUUCAGGGGUGGUUCCCUCAGAGAUUUUUUCAGCUCAAACAUCUAAGGGUCCUCGAUUUGUCCUCAAACCCGAAUCUCUCAGGGCAUUUGCCAAACUUUUCCCACUCAAGUUCUCUAGAUACUCUGAGGCUAGAGGGGACCAACUUUUCCUAUUAUAAACCAAGUUCUUCUGCCAAUUUCAAGCUAUUGAGGGAGUUAACUCUUGAUGGAAAAUUUAUAUCCAAGGAUUUUCUCUCUUCAGUCGGUGUACUUGGGUCUUUAUGCCAGUUGAAAGUCACUUUGAUGGACUCACAAAAAGAUUUGGGAUCAAUUUUAUCAUGGAUUGGAGACCUCAGGAACUUAAUGAGCUUGGAACUCUAUGGGUGCAACUUCUCUUGGACAAUGUCUUCUUCCAUUGGUAACCUGAAGGCCUUAAGAAGCUUGAAGAUGAUUGAUUGCAACCUCCCUAGGCCCAUACUGUAUGAAAUUGGCAAUCUCAUUAACUUGCAAAGCUUGGAAAUAUCUGGUAUGUUUGGCUGCAAAUUACAUGGUUCACUUACAUCUUCAAUAGGCAACCUCACAAAUUUAAGAAGCUUGUAUAUGAUGAAUUGUGAGGCUUGCGGGACAAUGCCAUCUGCAGUUGGUUAUCUCAUAAACUUGAGAAGGUUGGAGAUCUUGUCGUGUGAGUUUGCUGGGAAAAUACCAUCUACAAUUGGUAACCUCACUAAUUUGAAAAGCAUGGUUAUUUCGUAUAGUCAGUUUUCUGGGCCAAUACCUUUGGCAACUGGGCAACUCAAGGCACUGACACGGCUAACUAUUGAAGACCGGAGCAUUUCUGGGAGGAUACCAAGUUCAAUUGCCAAUUUGACUCGACUGGUACAAUUACAAAUUACAAAUACAUUUCUAAGUGGGGAAAUUCCAGCAUCCCUUUUUGCUCUGCCAGCACUACGCUUCUUGAGACUUGAUCAAAAUCAACUUUCAGGUCCUAUAGAAGAGUUUGAUGCGGCGUCUUCAUGCUUGAUUGAAGUGGUAUUGAGCGGUAAUGUAUUGACAGGACAGUUUCCUAAGUCGUUCUUUCAGCUGGCAAGUUUGACAGGUCUAGAAAUCGACCAGAACAACUUCGUAGGUUCGGUGGAUCUUUCAUCCUUCGGGAGGUUAAGAAAGCUCACUGCUUUGGAUCUUUCUCACAAUAAGUUUUCUGUUAUGAUAGAGGAAGGAACUAACUCUUUGUCUACCUCUCUGUUUGGAUUGGAAACCUUGGGGCUUGCAUGUUGCAAUAUAACCAAAUUUCCUAGUUUUUUGACACAUCUUGACAGCAUGUCUUAUUUGGACCUUUCUUGCAAUAGAAUCACUGGGGAUAUACCGAAGUUGAUAUGGGAGAGAUGGAACAAUAGCCUCUUCCAGUUAAAUCUUUCACACAAUAUGUUCACCGGUAUGCAACUUACUCCAUAUGUUCUUCCUUUCGGUAGCUCCUUGGAAGUUCUUGAUCUUAGUUCCAAUAGUCUUCAGGGACAGAUUCCCAUGCCAAAAUUAUCAGCAGAAUAUUUGGAUUAUUCACACAAUAAUUUCUCUUCUGUUCUUCCAAACUUCACUCUGUAUCUCAGUCGUACCAACUAUCUCAGGAUGUCCAACAAUAGUAUAAAUGGACAUAUACCAAAUACAAUCUGCGUUUCCAGGCUAGAUGUCCUUGAUCUGUCAUAUAACAACUUUAGCGGGACGAUUCCUUCUUGUCUGAUAGAAAAUGCACGACGGAGCGUACUAAAUUUGAGAGAGAAUCACUUGGAAGGGACGAUGCCAUCUAAUAUUUCAAGUGAAUGUACUUUCCAGACAAUAGAUUUGCAUGGCAAUAAGAUUGAGGGGCUGCUUCCAAGGGCACUUUCUAACUGCAAUAAGUUGGAGGUUUUUGACAUUGGAAACAAUCUAAUAGUUGAUACUUUCCCAUCUUGGCUAGGGAAGCUUUCCAGUCUGUAUGUUCUUGUCUUAAGAUCCAACCGAUUCUAUGGUUCCGUAGAUGACGUUAUCGGGAAUUACCGACACAGAGGGCACUUCUCUAGCUUGCAAAUUGUUGAUCUUGCCUUGAACAACUUCUCUGGCAAUUUGAAUUCUGAAUGGGUUGGCCAGCUGAAAUCAAUGAUGGCUAAGUUCAAUAGUAGCGGAGAUAUUGUCCGUGCUACAAACUUAUCAGGUAUGGCGGAAUUUUAUCAAGAUUCUACUGAGAUCACAUACAAGGGGUCCUACAUGACAUUUGAAAGGAUCUUGACUACCUUAACAGCCAUUGACAUCUCAAAUAAUAGAUUGGAAGGUACCAUUCCUGAGUCAGUUGGACGGCUUGUUUCACUGCGUCUACUAAACAUAUCGCACAAUGCCUUCACCGGAAGAAUUCCAUCCCAGCUUGGUGGCAUGACUGAUCUGGAGUCGCUGGACCUUUCUUGCAACCAACUCUCAGGGGAUAUUCCGCAAGAACUUGCAGAUCUCACCUUUCUGAGCGUCCUGAAUUUGUCUGAGAACCAGUUGGUGGGUAAGAUACCACAAUUACGCCAGCUCUCCACAUUUGAGAGUAGUUCAUUUGACGGCAACUUGGGACUGUGUGGACCACCAUUGUCCAACCCCUGCAGCGUUUCACCCGCUCCUCCAAGUGAGGAAUAUUUGGAGGAGUCCUCUCAUAUCGAUGUUGUCUUGUUUCUCUUCGUGGGACUGGGAUUUGGUGUCGGAUUUGCAGCUGCUAUUCUAGUGAGAUGUGGCUGGAUCGGCGAAUGGUUUUUAAAAUCCGUGAGAGCUUUGCAGACCUGAAUUACUUCCAAGGGCAAGCAUGCUUUGCUGAAAGGAGAUAUACACACGUGAGGCAUUGAAGCCUAAUGUGGUUUCCGCAUAUAUACGUGUGUGCGUUUUCUCGUUUUCUGUAGCCUUUGGUACUUAAGUAUUGUAAGUGUGGAUUAAUAAUUCGCACUCAUGCGUGUAUGCAGUGCUCUCAUGUAUCAAGACAACUACACCUAUCUGUAUUGUAUACUCUGUGAUAGCUUUGCUAAUUGGCUUUCCAUGCACUAGCCUGCGUGUCAAGGUGCUAGGUAUACUAUGAUACUGUCUGGCCUGUGAUGUUUUCCUGUAUAUGUAGUGGGUGAUUGUGAUAAGCAUAGUUACAGGGAAAUUCCCUGAAUUCCAUAAUUAUGUACUAUUUUAAUCUACUGUAUCUGGUCAA